AUUGUGUCUGCAGGUGUCCAUCGCAGACUAUAUCCUGGACUGAAGUCUUUACGUCAGCCUGGAGUUGUAAAACUAUGGGAGACAGGAAGAAAGAAAUUCAUUUUCACUGCAGAUGAAGGUGCUAUUAAAAGUUAUACAAGUGCUAAACAUGGAUUUACUUGGACCGAUGUGGCCACAGCAAGAUCUCAAGCUGGUACAGUUGAACCUGCUGAACUGAAAGCUAACACCAACGAUGAUGAAAAGCUAGGCCGGCUUCAAGUCAGUACAGUUGAUGGAAAGGAUACAUUUAAUGAAAAGUACUUGCAUCUAGAGGCAUUUGGUGGCCGAGGGUUCUCUAUAUGGGAUUCAAGUAAUCUCGUUAGCCCAGUAUAUGACAGCGAAGGGCAUCUUGAGGAAUAUAUGGAGGCCUUUGACAGAUAUGUUUUUAACACCGACUACAUUGCUAAUUCAAAUUACCUGUCACCUGAGCAGCACAGAGAUGUUGUAUCAAAUCAGCAGGGAGCGAAAGUGACAGGUAUGGACAUCGCCGAAGACAAUGGGACAAUAUUUCUUGUUGUUGGAACAUGGAGUACUGGGACUUUAUUUACAUACACUGUAAACGUCACUUCUGGUCAGCCAAUCCCAAGUUUUCAAAGUGUAGUAAGAUCCGGUGUGACUGACAUUCCAUGGAGGGAUUUGUACCAGAAUCAGACUAUCGGUGACCUGCACAUAUCUGACGUUGGAAUCAUACCCAGUGAUCGCAGCCCAACAGGGAGUCCUCUCGUCUAUGUUACCAGUAAUGGUGCAGGUGCUCUUUCGUUGUACUCUAUAGUGUACAAGUCUGCCGUUAUACCUGGGCCUCAACGGAAAUAAAUUGAUCCAGUCUGAUAAACUGUCGUCUGCUUGUAUUUGUUAAUGAAUAUACUCCAUUACAGCAUUGUAGUCUG